AUGCAAUUUGAAUUAUCAAGCUCCGAGGAAGAAGUUACUGAUGAUGACCGAGAUUUACAGGUUUGGAAUAAAAUAGAAUCAGAAUCGGAUGCAGAAUUCCAAGAGGAUUACGGAAUCGUCGAAGAAGUCGCGCCAACUUCGGAAAAUACUACAAUCAAUCCUAUUGAUUGCUAUCGACAUGUUAUUACUGACGAAAUUAUUAGUCUCAUGGUUCGUGAAACUAAUCGAUAUGCAGAACAACACUUACAAACCCAGGAGCUUAGUAAACGAUCACAAGUUCUUCAAUGGAAACCAACUGCUAAUGAAGAAAUGCUUUAA